GUUUUUUCCUCUCCGUCAGGAACCACCUCCAGCCCCGCUAGGAAAUGUCCUGCUACGACCUCUGCCCCACGCCCAGCGGCAUCGCCUGCCCGCAGCCAGUGGCCAACAGCUGCAACGAGCCGUGUGUCCGGCAGUGUCCGGACUCCACCGCCCUCAUCCAGCCGCCCCCCGUGGUGGUCACCUUCCCCGGGCCCAUCCUCAGCUCCUUCCCGCAGCAAGCCGUGGUGGGAUCCACCGGAGCCCCGGCCUUUGGCGGCUCCCUGGGUUAUGGGGGUGUCUACGGCUCCGGGGUGUUCCCGGGGUACGGAGCUCGCUCUGGAUACGGGAUCUCAGCGCUGGCCAGCGGCUCCUGCGGCCCCUCCGCGUCUCGCCGCUUCAGCCGCCUCUUCCGCGGCUCCUGCGGGCCCUGCUGAAGGCACUGGAGCCUCCUGGGAAUGCCCAAAUCCAUGGCCAUGAGGAUGAGGGGCUGACGUUUCCAUGGGCCCUUCUGCAUUUCUGAUCCUCCUAAUUCUUUUUUGGCACCUCCUCGUUGUUCGCUCGCGCUGCCUGUUCCAGAGUUCUUGAUUUAUUUAUCCGACAUGGGACAGCCAUUCCCCUUUCCAGCAUUCUCAGUUUAUUGCUCCAGCAUGGGACGGCCAAUUCCCUGUUCCAGCAUUCCCAAUUUUUUGCUCCAGCAUAGGACAGCCCAUUCCCUAUGGAUUUCACCCACAAUGACCAAUAUCCUCGGACAUCAACCAGGAGAAGCCGGCUGAGGACAUCUUGGAGUGGGACUUUGGUUGGACUUCCCCCCAAAUUGUUUGGGAAUGGAUUUUCCCUGAAAUUAUCCAGGAAUGGAUUUUGUCCAGGAAUGGAUUUUCCCUGGGAAUGGAUU